AUCUACGUUGUGACACUCAGACUCCUUUUCUCUUGCUUUGGAUUUUUAUUACGCACCAGCAACAUGUGUAAAGGGCUUGCUGCCCUUCCUGCAACGUGCUUGAAAAGCGCCAAAGAUAUAAAACAUAAGAUUGGCUUCCUGCUUCAAAAGCCCGAUUCACCCCAAGAGCAAAAGACUCUGAAGGAAAAAGAGAAGGAGAAAGACAAGGAGGUGAAGGUCACUGUGGUUAACAGAAUCACUCCUGCCGAAACUGAGAAAUGGAAAACAUCUUUUACCAACCUGAUCAAAAACGACGAUGGUCGCAAGGCUUUCGCAUCCUUCCUGCAGUCCGAAUACAGUCAAGAGAACAUUGAAUUCUGGGUAGCUUGUGAGGAUUUCAAGCAGACGCCAGCAGACAAGAUGAACCUGAAAGCCAGAAAUAUAUUUGAGCGAUACAUUAAGGCAGAUUCCCCCCGUGAGGUCAAUCUGGAUUCGGUCACUAGAGAGCAGACCAGAAAGAACCUGGAAAUGUGUGAUGUUUCGUGUUUUGACGAAGCUCAGAGUAAAAUCUUCACACUUAUGGAAAAGGACUCGUACCGGCGAUUCCUGAGAUCCAGACUGUUCCUAGAACUGUCUCAACCUACGAUGGACAACAAACCCUGUGGUUUAGAGAAGAAAGCAAAGCGACAGAUUUCUGACUACAGUCAGUGUUUGCCUAGUUAUGCCUAAGCAGAGCCGUCUGCUCCUACAUGAACAAAAGUACACUAUGAACUGUGGCGUGUUGUGACCUUCACUCAUCGGGCUGUGUAAAAUGAAUGACGUUUAAUGCGAAACACUGCAGCUGAAUUAGCUAAUAAUAAUAGUUGUCAUCAUACUUAUCCAGUUAAUUGAGUUGAACUUUUUUCUUUAAAUGUUAUGUUUGAAUGAGGAAGUGCAUAUUUUGGAUACUACACAAAAUUUGGAAAGUUGGAUGAUCUUUGACAUUAGAUUACAUUUUUACUUAUAUUUUUUUAUCAUUCCAUAAUUAAGAAAAUACUGCAAGCUGCCAAAAAUUAAACAAAUAAAUUUAAUAAUUUCUUUUUUGUGGAAUUAAAUGUAUAUAAUCAGACAUAUAAUGUACUGAAUAUACAAAUCCCUCAGUAAAAAAAAACCUUCAGAAUAUAGAUAUGUAUAAAACUGUAAAGUUUGAUGUAAGAGGAGAUUUACGGCUUAGUGCGAGAGAAGAGAAUGUUGUAAAGAUGGCUUUUAAAAAGUAUUUUGUAAUUAAAAUCUAAAGACACACAAUUAUAAAGUGUGUUAAAAACAAACCAAAAAAAUUGUGGAACAACUGGUUUAAAUGUAUUUCCCUUUAAGAGGUCGCAAACCUUUAAGUGUUUUUUUUUUCUGCAGGGAUUUUGAAGAAAUUUAGAAACCAGUGACCGUUAGCCAAAACAAACACUUUAAAAGUCAAUAGUUACAGGUUUCCAACAUUUUUCAAAAUAACUUGUUUUGUGUGAGCAAAAAGGAAACUUAAAGGUUUGUGACAAGUGAAGGGUUAGAAAUGGAUGGCAGAUCUUUCUGUUUGGGGUGAAAUAUCCCUUUUGUUUCAUCUGUUUUGGAUGUUUUCUUUACAUUAGAAUGAAGAAAAACUUCAUGAAAAGCCAAAAAGCCCAAUAGCUGCAGUGUCUCGUCUUAAGACUAAAUAAGAGGAUUUGUGUGCCAGAGCCAAUUAGAAUUCAUUUGAUGUUUCAGCCAUCAUGAUUGUAAAACAUUUGCUUUUCAGACCCCUUCAAAUCCCCAAAGCUAUUUCUCUCACAUUUACUGCAGCUUCUGCAUUGAAAUAUGUGUAUCAAAUCGCCACUUGAGUAAGACGUUAUCUUCUAUAUGGGAUUUGUGGAAGCGAUGUUUUCACCAACAACAUAACUUAACCCACAUCUACCCAGUCAAGCUGCAUUGAACUGGUUUUGGGAAAACAACGCCUGACGUAGUUUACAACUAAAUGACUGUUACAACUUUGUUUGAUGCUAUGAUGAGAAUAGGAACAUCAUUAACAAUAACCAACUGUAUCCUCUUUACUCUUGUAACGUUAUGUAAUGCAUAUAUAUAUAUAUAUUUAUAUUUGUUUGUAUAAGCUCUUUUGAGGUGAUCGUUCACCCAAAAAUGAACAUUUACUAUCAAGUGAGUUUUAAACUUUAUAUAGAAUUUCUUUCUUCUGUUGAAGGCAAAAAAAACCUUUUUGAGGAAUGCUCGGAAGUCAGAAGUCAAUGACAACUCGUUUUCAGCAUUCUUUAAAAUGUCUUAUUUUGUGUUCUAUAGAAGAGAGAAAAUAUGUAGAGGAUGAUGACAGUAUUUUCAUUUUUGGGUGACUGUUUCUUUAACUCUAAUGGUGACGUACACAUUCUUUCUACUUAAAAUGUGAACUUCAGUUUUCUUUCUCUGUUGGCCAUCCAUCAUAAUCCACCAAAUGACAAGUGAAUGUGAUAAAAUGUGCAUGUGCAAUGUAUAUAACCUGUCACUAACAGUGAUUCACAAAUCGUGCUGUACCUGUAUAAACAAACUGUGUGUUGGCAGACUUAACAUAUCAAACCACAGAUGCUCCGGUUCAAAUAAAUGGCCAAACAUGUGAGUUGUUUACAUAUUUGUUUACUAUUUCCAUAUUUAUUUUUGUCAUAUUUGUGAAUAAAAUCACAUAUACAAUUUAA